CUUUUCUUGACUCGAAAAAAGAGGCUCGUCUUCGGUUGCAAAGUGAUAAUAUCGCAAAAAUAGGCCAUAAAAUGUGGUUUAUUAUGCAAAUAAAGUGUGCUCACAUGCUGACGGCUAUCUAGUUGUAUCAUUCGUAACCAGUUCAACUUUAAAAUCAGUGAGGGUAGUGCAAAUGUGUGUGAGUUUAGCGUUCUGCCGGCACUCACGUGUUUUUUUUAAUUUUUUUGUGUGCAUUAACUACUCAAUAAGAAGCUAAUUAAAGAUUAUCAAAUGUGUUAAUUACCAGACUAGCUAACUUGUCAAUUAGAGCCUACAUUUAGUGGGUAUGAUUGGUUAAUGGUGGCUUGCGUACAUACAUGCGUACAUAUGUAUUACGUAGCAUUGUUGUGCUUUUGCACAUUGUGACGUCAUGCGGCGUUUGACCAAUCGGAAUGCAGCUCUCAAGGGGCUUGUCGACGUCUAGUCGGAAAAUUGAUUUCAGUUCUGCUCGUGCCGAAAAACCACGCAGCAUGACCGAGGGCAAGAACUUACCCCACUCGAGUGCGGAUGUGCCGUUCCGCAGCAAGGAGCAGCGCAAGCAGUCGCUGAUCCAGCACACCGGCUUGGUCGGAGUCAUCGACGAGGGCACCAAGACCAUCGGCUUCUCGAUCUACACAACGCCGGACUUCAGGGAGAUUGCCGCGCACCGGGUGGAGCUGAGUGUGAUUACGCCCCAGGAUGGCUGGUACGAGCAGGAUCCGCUGGAGAUGAUGGCCUCGAUCAACAAGUGCGCCGAGGAGGCCAUCAAGCAGCUACCCGAUGAGGGCUUCUCCGCCAGCGACAUCGCCACCAUUGGCAUCACCAACCAGCGUGAGACGACGAUCGUCUGGGAUGCGGUCACCGGCAAGCCCCUGUACAAUGCGCUCCUGUGGAAGGACAUCCGCACCAGCACCACAGUGGAGCAGAUCGUGGCCAAGGUGCAGGAUCCGAACCACUUUCGCAGUACCACAGGAUUGCCCAUCUCCACGUACUUCUCGGCCCUGAAGAUCCGCUGGCUGAGGGACAAUGUGCCCGAAGUGCGGCAGGCCAUUCGGGAGAGUCGAUGCAAGGCGGGCACAGUCGACAGCUGGAUCGUCUGGAAUUUGACAAAUGGCGCGCUUCACAUCACGGACGUAACGAACGCCUCCCGCACUCUGCUCAUGAAUCUGGAAACCCAAAACUGGGACCCGGUGCUGUUAAAGACGUUCGGCAUCAAGGAGAGUAUGCUGCCCACCAUCCACAGCUGUUCGGAGAUCUUUGGCAAGGUCACCUCAGAGCGGAGUCCACUGCGUGGAAUGACCCUAAGUGGUAUCAUGGGCAACCAGCAGGCCUCGUUACUUGGCCAGAUGUGCGUGAAGCCAGGUCAGACUAAGAACACAUACCGCUCCGGCUGUUUCCUGCUGUGCAAUACGGGCGAUAAGCCUGUCUUCUCGCGACACGGACUGUUGACCACUGUGGCCUACAAGCUGGGUCCUCAGGCCCCGACGAUAUACGCCAUCGAGGGAGCAGUUUCGGUCGCCGGACAUGCGCUUUCCUGGCUCCAGACCAAGAUGCGCAUUCUUCCGGACUCCAGGGAUGCGGAGAAGUAUGCAGAGAUGGUGCCCACGUCGGGGGAUGUGUACUUCGUUCCCGCCUUCACAGGAUUAUACGCUCCUUAUUGGCGGCAAAAUGCCCGAGGCAUCAUUAUUGGGCUAACGCAAUUCACCCGGAAGAAUCACAUAGUGAGGGCUGCCUUGGAGAGCAUCUGCUUUCAGACCAGGGAUAUCCUGGAGUGCAUGCAUCAGGAGUGCGGCUACGAGAUCAACAAACUCCAUGCCGACGGCAAGCUGACCACGAACAAUCUGCUGAUGCAGCUCCAGGCGGACACCAUUGGCCUGCCCGUCUUCCGAUCUCAGCUGAUGGAUUCCACGGCAUUCGGCGCUGCUAUGUGUGCCGCCCAGGCGGAGGGGGUGAAUCUCUGCCAGUUCGAUCCCGAGAAGCGUUACUACGAGAACGUGCACUACGACACCUUCCUGGCCACCACCACAGAUGUGGAGCGCAAGGAGCGCUACGGCAAGUGGAAGCGGGCGGUGGAGCGCAGCUUGGGGUGGGUCAUUAAGCAGAAGAAGACGCGAGAACACACGGAGGAGAACUACCGCAUGUUGUCCUCGUUGCCGGCGAGCAUCUUUCUCAUCAGCAGCUUUGCCAUGCUGGUGCACUCCCUCGCCGCAAGUGGCCACUAAGGAUGACUCCCUACCAGAAGGUUUGCUGCCUGACAUUCGGAUCGAUUCUUGGUUGUGAUAGUAGUUAUUUUUCCGGAUUUCGUUUUGAAACUUACACACUGUACAUAGUCCUUAAAGGACAAUGGGUGGUUGAACGUGCUUUAAACCCUGUAAAUAGUUGAUUACGAAGGGCUGGCCAAGCUCCGACCUAUUUUAAGUAUCUUGACUAUCCUAUUGUGUUUUCGUUGUAUAUUCUUUACUUCUUAGCCGUAGUUCCAUUGACGAUGGCAAUACGCACGGCCAUAUCAGCGGAAUUGUAUAUAGCCAAAGUGCAAACGACAUUUCUAAUUUAAGUAGGUUCCGUACUCGUAUGUGUAUGUUUUUGUAGUGAUUACGCCCCUUAAACAAUAAACAGAAAUAAAACGACAA